AUUUAGAUUGGAAAGCAUACUGAUGGCCAGCAUUUUCUUCCUGUGUGUGAUUGACUGGCAGCUGUGACUCGAAAUGCACAGAACUAUAGGCAUGAGAAUAAUUUCAACAAGUAUCCUUUAAAGCAUUAUAUCUUUUUAAAACCAUCUCAGCCAUCUUUAAGUGUAUGGUUCAGUAGUGUGAAGAAUAUUCACAUCAUAGUAAAACCCAUCUCCAGAACUGUUUUGAUUUUGUGAAUCUGAAACUCUAUACCCAUUAAAUCACAACUCUCCUUUUCCCCUCCCUACAACUCUUUUGUUUCUAUGAAUUUGACCACCUUAUAUACCUAAGAAAAAUGGAAUCUUACAGUAGUUAUCUUCUUGUGACUGGCUUAUUUCACUUUGCAUAGUAUCCUCAAGGUUCAUCCAUGCUGUAGCACAUGACAGGGUUUUCUUUCUAUAACUGAAUAAUAUUUAAUUGUACAUAUAUACCACAUUUGUAUAUCUAUUCAUUAAUUGGUGGACAAGUAGUUUGAUGCCACUUCUUGGCAAUAGUGAAUAGCACUGCUGUGAACAUAGAUAUGCAGAUAUCUUAUAGAAACCUUGCUUUCAAUUCUUUGGAAUUCAUAUCAAGAGCUGAGAUUAUCAGAUCCUAUGGUAUAUAUUUUUUUAAUUUUUUGAGGAAACUGCAUACUGUUUCCUAUUGUGGUAGCAUUAUUUUACAUCCCACCAAUAGUACACGGCAGUUCCAAUUUCUCCACAUUCUCACCAACACUUGCUAUUAUCUGUGAAACACUGUACCUUUUUCUUUUUUUAAUGAUGCACUAUAAUUUUUGUUUCAAAAAAUAUAUGACUUAAGCUAAUAUUUUGUGAGCAAAAUUGCAGGGCCAGUGUAUUUAAAUAUUAUCCAGGCUUCUAAGUGUGUUCACUUUCAGAAGCUAAAUAUUUUCCUGAACAUUCCUUAAGUAAAUGAGUAACUUGCUCUUUUGAACUUAAAACACAUACUUAUUUCUUCAUUCCUGUGACUACCACUGUCUUACCCAGCAUUGAAAGCUUCUUAAAAUUAGUCAGAGGAAGACAAGUGGGAAGGUGUAGACUUCUCACUUCAAUAGUCUGCUAAAGAUGGAGAAAAAAUAUGGUGCUAUUCAAAGACAGUCUAUACUUAAAGAUUUAGAGUUUUGGAUGGAAAUAACCCGGUGAAAUAGCAAGAACGUUUGAAAGAGAACUUGACAAACCACUGCUGCAGAAAGCUGAAUUCCAAGGAAGUAUGCCCAAUAUCCAUGAAGCUGAGAAACACUGGCCAAAAGAAGACCCUAGACAAGAAAGAUGGGAGACGAAUGUCUUUUCAGAAACCUAAAGGGACUAUUGAGUAUACUGUUGAAUCAAGGGAUUCUUUGAAUAGCAUAGCCCUGAAAUUUGAUACAACACCUAAUGAACUUGUUCAAUUAAAUAAGUUAUUCUCCCGAGCAGUUGUUACUGGACAGGUUCUAUAUGUUCCUGAUCCUGAAUAUGUCUCCAGUGUUGAGAGCUCUCCAUCUCUAAGCCCCAUAAGUCCUCUGUCACCAACAUCAUCUGAGGCUGAAUUUGAUAAGACCACUAAUCCUGAUGUCCAUCCAAAAGAAACAACUCCCUCAUCUACUUUCACUGAUAUUCGACCUGCACGAGUUGUGUCUUCAACUUCUGAGGAGGAGGAAGCAUUUACUGAGAAAUUUCUUAAAAUUAAUUGCAAAUAUAUUACCAGUGGCAAGGGCACAGUCAGUGGUGUGCUGCUAGUUACACCAAAUAAUAUAAUGUUUGAUCCACAUAAAACUGACCCUUUGGUUCAAGAGAAUGGCUGUGAGGAAUAUGGCAUCAUGUGUCCAAUGGAAGAGGUGAUGUCAGCUGCAAUGUACAAAGAAAUUUUGGAUAGCAAAAUAAAGGAAUCCUUACCCAUAGAAAUAGAUCAGCUAUCAGGAAGGGACUUCUGCCAUUCAAAGAAAAUGACAGGAAGUAACACUGAGGAAAUAGACUCAAGAAUCCGAGAUGCAGGUAAUGAUAGUGCCAGCACUGCUCCUAGGAGCACUGAGGAAUCUCUUUCUGAAGAUGUGUUCACAGAAUCAGAACUUUCCCCUAUACGAGAGGAGCUUGUAUCUUCAGAUGAACUGCAACAAGAUAAAUCUUCUGGUGCGUCAUCAGAAUCUGUGCAAACUGUCAAUCAGACUGAAGUAGAAAGUCUGACAGUCAAAUCAGAAUCUACUGGUACUCCUGGUCACUCAAGAUCUGAUACUGAACAUUCUACAAAUGAAGUUGGGACUUUAUGUCAUAAAACUGAUUUAAAUAAUCUUGAAAUGGCCAUUAAGGAAGGAGAUCAGAUUGCAGAUAACUUUCAAGGAAUAUCAGGCCCUAAAGAAGACAGUACAAAUAUAAAAGGUAAUUCUGACCAGGAUUUUUUUCUUCGUGAGAAUUCUCUACACCAAGAAGAGAGUAAAAAAGAAAAUAUGCCUUGUGGGGAAACAGCAGAAUUUAAACAAAAGCAAACUGUUAAAGGGAAACAAGGAAAGGAGCAAAAUCGGGACUCAGAGACAGAGGUAGAAGAGCUACGCAAACUUUGGAAAACCCAUACUAUGCAACAAACUAAACAGCAAAGGGAAAAUAUUCAACAAGUGUCACAAAAAGAAGCUAAGCAUAAAAUUACAUCUGCUGAUGGACACAUAGAAAGUUCUGCACUUUUAAAAGAAAAGAGAAGGCAUCGAUUACAUAAGUUCUUGUGUCUCAGAGUCGGAAAACCAAUGAGGAAAACAUUUGUAUCUCAAGCAAGUGCUACAAUGCAACAGUAUGCACAGAGAGAUAAGAAGCAUGAAUAUUGGUUUGCUGUGCCACAAGAAAGGACAGAUCACUUGUAUGCCUUCUUCAUUCAGUGGAGUCCAGAAAUAUAUGCAGAAGAUACUGGCGAAUAUGCCAGAGAACCCGGAUUUAUAGUAGUAAAAAAGAUUGAGGAGUCUGAAACAAUUGAGGAUUCUAGUAAUCAAGCAGCAGCCAGAGAAUGGGAGGUAGUGUCAGUGGCUGAGUAUCACCGCAGGAUCGAUGCUCUAAAUACUGAAGAACUGCGCACACUCUGCAGACGCCUCCAGAUUACUACAAGGGAAGACAUAAAUUCAAAGGAGGUUGCUCCAGUGAAAGCAGACCUGGAGUCUGAAUCUUUUCGACCAAACCUAAGUGAUCCCAGUGAACUUUUACUGCCAGAUCAAAUUGAAAAGCUUACCAAGCAUCUUCCACCAAGAACAAUUGGCUAUCCAUGGACUCUUGUUUAUGGUACUGGAAAACAUGGCACAAGCUUGAAAACUCUUUAUCGAACAAUGACAGGUUUAGACACCCCAGUGCUGAUGGUGAUUAAAGACAGUGAUGGACAGGUUUUUGGUGCAUUAGCAUCUGAGCCAUUUAAAGUGAGUGAUGGCUUUUAUGGUACUGGAGAGACCUUUGUUUUUACAUUCUGUCCAGAGUUUGAGGUCUUUAAGUGGACAGGAGAUAAUAUGUUUUUUAUCAAAGGAGACAUGGAUUCACUAGCUUUCGGUGGUGGAGGAGGAGAAUUUGCUCUUUGGCUUGAUGGAGAUCUCUACCAUGGAAGAAGCCAUUCUUGUAAAACGUUUGGGAAUCGUACACUUUCUAAGAAGGAAGAUUUCUUUAUCCAAGAUAUUGAAAUCUGGGCUUUUGAAUAAAUACAAUGCUCUCUGUCUUAGCAGGAGAAUGGCCCAAACCUGACAUGGACAAGCAUUGUUUGGAAAGUUCAAGAAGCAAUACAGUGUAACAUGUCACUUGUGCUUUAAAAUUAGUCUGUAUCAUCAUUUAUUACAAGUAUAAUUUUGGAGUUUAUUUUUCAAAUCAUGUUCUUGUCCCAGAGUUCUUUAGGUUAACACUAUGGACUGCGUCCAUGUACUAGUAUAACAGCUUGGGUUUGUUAGAAUUUGGGCAACAUUUUGAUUAUAAUGACAACUUCAUUUUCACAUGUUAUCUCAGUUCCCUAAUAGGAUGGUGCUCUUUUGUUGAACCUGUAUUGAUUUAUUUAUUUUUUAACUAUAUUGAUUCUUUUACUAGAACAGUCUAAUUGGGGCAUUGAGGAAGUGAAGACUAGAUACUUCUGUAUCUGUGAAGUUGGCACAGGUAACAUUUGGACAUGUUCAUCUUAUUCUUAUGAAGGAAAAAUCACAUGCCAAAAUACUACAUACUUCAUAGACCACUGAGUUCUAGUUUUUAUUCACACUACAACAUUCUCUGUAACAAUGUUGCAGGUAGUUUCAAUUUCCUUUUAAGAAAAAUGAAAUUUGAGGAGAAUUUUGAUUGUAAUAGAUGACAAUACACAUGAUCUACAGGUUUGGGCGUAUGCUUUCAUCAUUAAAUUAUCUUAUAAAGUUACAAAUCACAAAGGAGAAUGAGAACUUAAUGAUUCUAUUGGAUUUAAUAUAUUAAGCAAGAAAACAUACUAUUUACAUAUGUGUAGCUUAGUAAGGCAUUAUCAUAAGUACAAAAACUAUGAAACAGAUGCAUAUUUCCUCAACAUACUGUGUCAGGUAUAUACUGUUUUAUAAUUUGGUUGUUUUAGCCUUGUUGCACACCAACUCCCAAAAUAUAGGUUACUCUUGUUCAAAAGGAAAAAAAAAAGUGUGAUUUUCUUUGAGUGGUAUAUGUUAUUAAUUACCAUUAGCAUUUGCUCUUAUAAAGGGCAAUGAUUAUAGUAGACAAUAUUGUAACUCAGUAGACUUGUUGAAUAUGCAAACUUACUGUCAAGUGACCUCAAAAAAAAUGAAAAGAUAGAAUACACUAGUAGUUCUUAUCCUCUUUUGUAGUAAACCAAUAAUAGCCAUUGUGGCAAUAAUUCAUCAGUUAAUUUUAAAGCUUCAUGUUAUGCAAAAAAGAAUCCUGCUGUUAUACAUGUGACAGUGACUUUGUGCUGAAAUUUCAGCUAUUCCAGAUAAACAUUGUAUAUCUUGUAAAUUAAUGUUUAAAGGUAGUUUUGUUCUUAUAGAAAGUGUUGAUUGCCGGGUUGCUUAUAGCACUUUAAGUUAUUCUAAAAAUGAAAUUAUAAGCCAAAUAUUGGCUUAAGUAGAUUUAGUUGUAUAGCACUUAGAUAUUUAGUUCUUUUGAAAGUUUAGAUAAUUAUUUAAAGAAAGCAUAAUGCUAAUGGAAAAGAAAAUCUGAUGUUCUAUUAUAAUAUGCUAUUGCUGAAUAUGAAUAGAAAUACAGGGCAUCAUUUCCUCGUCUCAUUAUAAGUUAGUAACAAUAUAUAGAUUAAAUGUUUACAAUAUAGGGAAUUGUAAAUAAAUAUAUCAGUUUUUUCCCCUUUGGUCUUCCACAGCAGUAUUAUUGUCUUUGUGGAGUUGACUAAUCAUAAUAAAAACAUCCUGUAAUGGAUUCAACUAAGAUAAGGUCAUAGUGGCAUAUACCAAAUAAAAUCAAAUACAGAAAUACAAA